AACGAAGUAAUAAAAGAUGCGAAAGGUGAACGGGAGCCUGCCGGAGAAUGGAAUCGUCGGCGGAAUCAGGCUAUAGUUGAGCCUUCCCGGUGAAGAAAACGACGAAAUGCCAAAUUUCUUUCCCUAUAACUAAUCAGCGCACCUUCCGAUUUCAUCAAACCUGCGAAAUCUCUUCGUCCGAGGACGACGGAAGUGAGUUAGGCGGCCGACUGCACCGCCACAUCCGCAUGUCGUCGCAUCGGCGGAGCCACCGACGCUCAAGGUCUCUACUUCCGGCCAUAAUCUUCGUCUCCGGCGUCAUUCUCAUCUUGUUUAUCUUCCUCUCAUUGCUCGCGCCUCCUCUCACUGAUAGCAAUCGGCUCCACUACGGCCGCCGUGACAUCUCGGUUAAGCAAGGCAUUGGUAAGGAGACUGGAAGGCCCCUGUUUCAUGUUCCGACCAAUGGAGGAGUACGAUAUCAAGAUCUUUGGAAGUCAAAAAAUGCCAAGUUCUUCUAUGGAUGCAGUAAUUCCAGUAGUAAAUUUGCCAAUGCCAAUGCCAUAACACAUCCAAAUUGGUACUUGUCGAUCGCAGCGAGUGGAGGCCUCAACCAACAGAGAACAGGGAUAGUUGAUGCUGUUGUUGUUGCUCGCAUCUUGAAUGCUACUCUAGUUGUCCCAGCAUUGGACAAGAAGUCCUUUUGGAAAGAUUCCAGUGACUUCUCAGAUUUGUUUGAUGCUGAUUGGUUCAUAUCUCAUCUUGCAAAUGAUGUUAUAAUUAUAAAAGAACUUCCACUUAAUAGAGGAAAGACGUGGACUCCAUAUACCGUUCGAGUUCCAAGGAAGUGCAGUGAAAGAUACUAUAUAAGCCGCAUUGUGCCCAUACUCAAUAAAAAACAUGCUAUCAAGAUCCCCAAAUUUGACUACAGGCUUUCAAAUAGGCUGGAGACAGAGUUGCAAAAACUACGAUGCAGAGUUAAUUAUCAUGCUCUGAAGUUUGUUGACCCUAUACUUGAAAUGGGAAAGGAAUUGGUUCGCCGGAUGAGGGCAAAAAGCAAACAUUUUAUAGCACUUCACCUAAGGUUUGAACCUGACAUGCUUGCAUUCUCAGGAUGCUAUUACGGUGGAGGAGACAAGGAGAGGAUGGAAUUUGGGAAAAUAAGAAAGAGGUGGAAAACUCUACAUAAUAGCAAUCCAGAUAAAGGGAGGAGGCAAGGUAGAUGCCCUUUAACUCCUGAAGAAGUGGGUUUGAUGUUGAGAGCACUUGGAUAUGGCAGUGAUGUUCACAUCUAUGUUGCAUCUGGUGAAGUAUAUGGAGGAGGGGAGACAUUGGCUCCUUUAAAAUCACUCUUCCCAAACUUUCAUACAAAGGACACAAUUGCAAGUGCCAAAGAACUACAACCAUUUUCUUCCUUUUCCGCCCGCAUGGCUGCACUAGACUUCAUAGUUUGUGAUGAGAGUGACGUAUUUGUUACCAACAACAACGGGAACAUGGCAAAAAUUCUAGCAGGACGAAGGAGAUACUUUGGGCAUAAACCCACCAUCAGACCGAACAGCAAGAAACUAUGGCGUCUUUUCUUAAGCCGGAAUAACAUGACAUGGGAAGAAUUCGCGUCCAAAGUCACUAGAUUUCAGAAGGGCUUCAUGGGUGAUCCCAUGGAUAUCAGGUCUGGCGGGGGGUUUCACGAAAAGCCUUCUUCAUGCAUCUGCAAGCUUUCAGAUGCCAAAGCAAAACAGCUGCUGCUGCCAUCAAGCCCUCAAGAACCCACCAAUACAGAAUCGCGGAAAGAAGAAGACGAUGAUGAUGACGGCGAGGGUGAACAAAAUGCAGCAGAUGAGGACGGAACAGAAAUGUCUGAUCCUGAACAUGAUGAAGACGAUGUACAGGAGAGUUUGAUGUCCGAGGAAUCGGAGUUGGACGAGAUGCUCUCAGAUUAGUUACAUACUGAGUGAGAGAUCCCAGAUCUGAUAUACUAUUCUUUGAACAAAUGCAAACCUUGAAGAAGAAGAAGAAGGUGCAAUAAUAUCAGCUUGGAAGAAGAAGUUUCGGCUUUACCAAAAAAAAAAACAUAACAUCUUUAACAGAGAUGAAGUUGAGCAAGUUUAGUAGUAUUACUAGUUUCUUUUCUUCUAUUUUUUUUAUAAACAAAAAUAUUGUAUUUUUUUUAUCUUCUCAUGUGUAUCUUGUAACUCGUACGAACGUAUAUAGUGCAAGUAUAUUUUUUAAAAAAAAUGAUCAUGAAAAUU